CGCUUUGUCAGUGGCUGUUUUAAGUCACAAAUUUGUCACGUCACAGGUUGGCUGACUGAGAGACCACCCAGUCAGUCGUAGUGAAGAUAUUUAAAGUGGCCCUUGAAGCCUUUGUGGGAAACACCAGACAAUCCAAUUACUUCAGCAGUGCUUACAAGAACUGCCCUUGAUUCAGAGUCAGUUCUUUGCCUUCCCUGUACUCUGGUGCAAUGCCGCAGUGGGGUGGAGGAGCCAAGUGCGCUGCCUGUGACAAGACGGUCUACCACGCAGAGGAAAUACAAUGCAACAACCGAAGCUUCCACAAAACCUGCUUCAAUUGCAUGACCUGCAGAAAGGCCCUGGACAGCACCACCAUGGCUGCCCAUGAAGCAGAAAUCUACUGUAAGUCCUGCUAUGGCAAGAAGUAUGGACCCAAGGGCUAUGGCUAUGGUCAAGGUGCGGGAACGCUCAGCUCUGCAGCCGAUGAGAGUCAACCCAGUCAACAUGUGGAGGUCAAACCUCAUCAGUCUCCAAACCCCAGCUCCUCCAAGUUUGCCCACAAGUUUGGUGGUGCUGACAAGUGUCCAAGAUGUAAUCAGUCGGUGUACGCUGCUGAGAAGGUGAUUGGAGGAGGGAAGGCCUGGCACAAGACUUGCUUCCGCUGUGCACUCUGCGGCAAAAGCCUGGAAUCCACCAAUGUCACAGACAAAGACGGAGAAAUCUAUUGUAAAGCUUGUUACGCAAGGAACUUUGGACCAAAAGGAGUUGGCCACGGACAAUCUGGUGGGGCAUUACCCAGCGCAGACUAAGAAGCAUCUUCUCACAGUGGAUAUGCUUUCAUCCUUUAGUACCUACUCAAUUCCCUCACAACCACUGAACCAUUACUUACAGCCACUCACUCAAAUCAGGACAGUUAAUUGUAACACUGGAUAGACAUAUGUAAUGUGGCUAUAUUUCCUAAAUAUUUUAAUUUUCCAAACAUCAGCUAUAUUUGCCAUUAUUUCAACACAGAUUGUCCAGGAUGGAAAGAAAACUACAAACAAUGUGUACUAGGCAAACAAUAGCCAGAUCUAUUUUUAGAAGCACUGUUGUAACUCAGUGAUAAAUUAUUUAGAGAGUUAUUUUGACACCGAAUGGAAUUGAGUGUUGUAUGAUAAAAUGCCUCACCAAGCUUAUUCUGUUACCAUUGCAAGCCUGUAGAAGUAUCUAUUAAUCAAUGCUCUGUAGCCUUAAAUAAAGAGUUAUUGGCAUCUAAAAGAAUUGGUGAU